GUUUUUGAGGCCACGCCCAUCAAUCAUCUUUUGACUUUUGAAGGUAAACUUUCUUUAACUUUUCUCUUUUCUCUUUUCAGUCUUUUGUUUCAAGGUUAAGGCAGGACAAUAUGAGCAGAGCUUUAAGGAAAGCAGUUGAAAACUCGAAGCAAAAGAAAGAGAUCCAUCUUGCAGAUGAAGGGAUAUCAGCCCUUGAAGACGUACCGGAGCUAUUUUCUGCUCGUCACAUUACUAAACUGAUAUUGAGCCAUAAUAAGAUCACAGAGUUACCUGCGGAAAUAUCGAACCUAACUGGACUCGAAUAUCUUAAUCUUUUUAAUAACCAGCUCGAGGAUUUGCCCAGUACCAUAAGCACCCUGCCAAAACUGAGGGAGCUUAACUUAGCGUUAAACAGGUUGUGCGAGUUGCCGAGAGGCUUUGGGUCGUUCCCAUCUCUUCAGAUUCUGGACAUGACUUACAACAACUUGUCAUCAGCUUCUUUCUCAGCUAACUUUGCUUACCUUGGAGGGUGUCUAAAAGCUCUCUUUUUGGGCGAUAAUGAUUUAAACAGAUUUCCUCCAAAUAUGGAGAAGUUUAUCCUCCUUGAAGUGUUGAUCCUAAGGGAUAAUGAUAUCGCUGACGUACCCUCUACCAUACACGCUUGUCAGAAGCUGUCCACACUCCAGCUGCAAGGGAAUCAAAUAAAUGUCCUACCGCCAGAAAUGGCUCGUUUGAAUUUCUUAACGGAGAAGAGUUGUUUUAAAAUAUACGACAAUCCUUUGAUUGAAGAGCUACAGAGUCGGUCCACAACUGUCAAACAACUCUUUGAUUAUGUAAAGACGGAGGAGUACAGACUUAUUUAUGCUGAGUUCAAUGAAGCUGGAAAGUUUACAAAAGUCAAGAGAGACUAUCGUUCAGCUAAAAAAUGUCGCAAUACCAAACGCCAUAAAGUGCCUGCUUUAUCAGGACCAGGAUGGAACUUGUAAUUAUUCUCUGUAUCAGUUUUACUCCCUCUCCCUCUCCCUCCCCCUCUCGUCUUUCAUUUUAAAAAUCAUUAUCUCACUUUUAGUUGCAAGUACACGUACCAGCAGUUUAGAAUUGUGAUGUUGAUAAUUAUUAUUAUUAUGAUUAAAAAAGUGUAUAAAUACACAACAUUAUUGUCUAAUGUCAGCUGUAAACA